AUGUCAGGUACCGUUCUUGAUACUCAGUUGGGCGAUCUGUCGCUAGACACGACAGCUCAUGUUAAAUACAUACAAAGUUUGAAUACAAAGCAAGAUGACUUGGACUAUUGGUUGACCGAACAUCUGCGCUUGAACGGCGUCUAUUGGGGCUUAAAUGCUCUGCAUCUUAUGGGACACCCGGAUGCUCUGCCUCGUCAGGAUACCAUCGAUUUUGUCCUCUCUUGCCAGCAUGAAAAUGGCGGGUUUGGGGCGGCUCCUGGUCACGAUGCGCACAUGUUGUCCACUGUGAGUGCGGUACAGAUUCUAGUCAUGGUGGAUGCACUUGGCGAUCUAGAGGAACGAGGCAAGGGAAAAGGCAAAGCCCAGGUAGCAAGUUUUAUUGCCAAUCUUCAAAACCGAGAAACCGGCAGUUUUUUCGGAGACGAAUGGGGUGAGCAGGACACAAGAUUCAUGUGCGGAGCUCUUAUCGCUCUUUCAUUAUUAGGUCUGAUGGAUAUGAUCGACGUAGAGAAGGCUGUCUCUCACGUCAUGGAAUGCGCCAACUUUGAUGGCGGCUUUGGUGCCAAGCCUAGCGCAGAAUCUCACGGCGCUCAGAUUUAUACUUGUGUUGCCCCAUUAUCGAUAGCUGGGCGUUUGGAUUUGUUGGAUAUUGAAAGAUUGGGAAGAUGGUUAAGCGAACGACAACUACCCUGUGGUGGAUUUAAUGGUCGUCCAGAGAAGAAGGAAGACGUAUGUUAUAGUUGGUUUGUUCUUGCCAGCCUAAACAUCAUUGGCAAAACACACUGGAUUGAUACCCCAGCUCUGGCAAAGUUCAUUCUAGGUUGCCAGGAUUCUACUACUGGAGGCAUAUCAGACCGACCCGAAGACUUACCGGAUGUAUGGCAUACGUGUUUUGGAAUUGCAGGACUGAGUCUACUUGGGCUACCUACCCUGGAAGCUGUUGACCCCGUUUACUGCAUGCCAAAAGCAACAGUUGACAAAGCACUAAACAGAUAG